AGACAUCCAAAACCAACUUGUAAAGAGAUUGAAGAACACGACUUACACGACAAAACGAGACAAGAAUCCAAGAGAGCACACGACGUUAAUUAGAAAAAAUGUCCAUAUUCUUCCUGUCACUCUUUCUUUUUGCCACUUCUUUGUAUGUUUCCUGCACAAACCUAACAGCUUACGAUGUUGUCCAAAAAUACAAGUUACCACGAGGAAUACUACCAGAAGGUGUCAUUGACUACGACCUAAACCACAAAACUGGCUUUUUCAAAGUCUAUUUCAACAACACGUGUCGGUUCCCAAUCGAGGGAUACAAGGUCAAGUACCAACCUAUUGUCUCUGGCUUCAUAAAAAACGGACGGAUCAGUAGGCUGAUGGGCGUAAGCGUCAAAUUGCUUUACUUCUGGCUCAGCAUCGGGGAGGUGACUAGUGACGGCCAGGAACUCGAACUCUCAGUUGGUGCUGCUUCGGAAGAAUUCUCGGUGCAUCAUUUCGACAGGAGCCCACAGUGUGGUUGUGGGUUUUAUUGUCGUGAGCUCAAAUUUUCCUUCUAAAGCUAAUGGGCCUCCAAGUUGUUAUGAAUAAAAUAAAUAAAUAACCACUUUACCUAAUAGAUUAGACUAAAACUCGAGUGGUUUGUGGUGCUAUGGAUUGGUGAAUGAAUAAAUUGCAGUACUAAAACUUUAUCCA